GCCAACUAUGAAUGUGUGUGCGACUGUGAACACAACACAACUCAACCAAUCAAUGGUGGUUACAUCUAUUCGUCUUCUUCCUUCUUCUCUCACUUCUCUCCUUCAACCUCGUUCUCCAUAUUCAUGGCGCUGGCGUCCUCCUCCUUCUUCCGUCUCAUUUCCACUCUCUCCCAUCCACUCCAGCAUUUCUUCCAAUGGAGUUGGUGAUGUUGAAUUACCUGUUGAUGAUCAAUCACAAGUUAUUUUCAUUGGGACUGGAACUAGUGAAGGGAUUCCACGAGUUAGCUGCUUGACUAAUCCUGCAAAUAAAUGUCCGAUUUGUUUAAAAGCUGCUAAACCGGGUGAUAAGAAUAGGAGACUUAACACGAGCAUCCUCAUUCGCCACCCAAACUCCACGGGAACACAUAAUAUUCUUAUAGAUGCUGGAAAGUUUUUCUAUCACAGUGCUCUCCAGUGGUUCCCUAAAUUUGGGAUAAGAACACUUGAUGCAGUUAUUAUUACUCAUUCUCAUGCUGAUGCAAUUGGAGGUCUUGAUGAUCUUAGAGACUGGACUAACAAUGUUCAGCCUUCUAUUCCAAUUUAUGUUGCCGAGCGUGACUUUGAGGUUAUGAAGAAGACCCAUUAUUACUUAGUAGAUACCAGCGUAAUCACACCUGGUGCUGCAGUCUCAGCGUUGCAAUUCAAAAACAUAUCUGAAGAACCGUUUUUUGUUCAUGGAUUGAAGUUUACUCCACUACCAGUGUGGCAUGGUCAAGGUUAUCGGUCCCUUGGUUUCCGUUUUGGUAAUAUAUGUUACAUAAGUGAUGUCAGUGAAAUUCCUGAAGAAACUUAUCCACUUUUGAAGGGCUGCGAACUUCUAAUCAUGGAUGCUUUGAGGCCUGAUCGCUCUUCAGCUACACAUUUUGGACUUCCAAGGGCCUUAGAAGAAGUGCGUAAAAUUCAACCCAAAAAGACACUUUUUACUGGAAUGAUGCAUCUGAUGGAUCAUGAAGAAGUAAAUGGCUACCUUACAAAAUUAUUGGAGUCUGAGGGCCUUGACGCACAACUGAGCUAUGAUGGGCUUUGUAUACCAGUCAGGCUCUAACUGCAAUUUCACUCAUAAGAGGACACCAUUAUUUUUUCUCUAAAAGAGAACUUAUUAAUUACAAAAUAAACUUUGAAAUGAGUGUCAUUACCAGGUUUUUUAUGGUAUGAACAUUCUGCAGGCUGCUGCAGCUAUUCUUCCUUUUCACUAUCACCAUUCUUUAUUUCUUUAGCUCUCUCUGAACACUAAGGAUAAUACCAUACAUGUGUCUUGAGGUUUAUUUCCUGCAAUGAAAGAUUUAAUUGUUUAUAUAGUAA